UUGAAUUGCAGAGAAAGAGAAUACAAAACGAUUGAUGAAGCACUGCAGGAAAUGAAACGAAACUACGAUGAUGUAUGUCGUCAUCGCGUGAAACUGGAACAUGAUAUCCAAGUUACAACACACGAGAAAAACAUACUCGACAGACAGCUGACUGAAACACAGGUUCGUUGGAUUUCAUAGAAUAAGUCAACGUCUGAACUUAUUUGUAAUACUUAUUUGUAAUACUUACAUGAACGGGCGUGUUUUAUUGAAUAUACAGUACAACACGAGCCAAAGGUGAAUGUAUAUAUUCGAAAGUAUAAGUGCAGUGAUAAAAGGUUGGCGAUGUAUUAGACUAUAAUCAUCGACAUCGUGUUAUCCUUAUCACUUCUAUUAUUAUUUAUUGUUUUACCUAUAGUGGUUAAUUAAUGUGCUGCUUUGUUAUUAAACAAAUUAUGAUAUUUUAGAAAAAUGUAGAUGCACUUCAACAAAGAGAAAAAGAACGAACGCCAUUGGUUGAAACUCUACGGGAAAAGGUUGAAGCUUUAAAGAAGGAGAAUGAAACAGCUCAAACUGAGUCGACGCAACAUAACAGGUGAACAAUUGUCAAUGAAUAACAAACUACUGCAUAGCAUCGUAUCUAUUACAUCUGGUAACCGAUGUACACAACUUCAUAUUUUAUUUUUUACAUGCAUGUUACUAUAUACCAAUUUAGUGAAAAUUCAUCACAUUUUCUUCAACAAUUUUAGAGACGAAAUUAAAAAAUUAAAAGAUCAGUUGUUAAGCAUCCAAGAGGAAAAUAGGUGAGGUAAUACAGGGUGUCUAAAAAAACGCUAUAUGCAAAUUCAACAGGCUGUCGUGCAUCAUAAACGUGGCUAAACAAUUAAAUUUUUACAUACGACGAAAGAACAGUUAUUUUUAAUAUAGCUUUUCAAUGAUACUCUUUAAAUCGUAACGAUGACAAAUGGCCACAUAUACUCGUCAAAUAAAAAUUGCCGGUCGAAAUCACAUUCUUCCACCGUUGGGAAUUGCAUGGAAAACGAAACAUAGACAAUUCCCAAGAGGGAAUUAAAAUUGAAUGUUAAAUUAUCUAAAAUGAGCUCGACUCGUCAAUUAUCGUAAACUCGAUAAGAACGUCGUAAUCAAAACCUUUUACGAAACAAAUAGCUUGCAGCAGGCUCGCGUUGCUUUUGGAUUCACUAACUUUGCAUAAUUAAUGUAUUUUCAAUUCCCAACGGUGGAAGAAUGUGAUUUCGGCCGGCAAUUUUUAUUUGACGAGUAUGUGGCCAUUUCUGGUCGUUACGAUUUAAAAAAGGUACCAUAGAAAAGCUAAAUAACAGCUCUUUCGUCCUACGUAAAAAUGGAAUUGUUUAGCUAGGUUUAUGAUGCACGACAGCCUGUUGAAUUUCCAUAGCGUUUUUUUAGACAUGCACCCUGUAUAUUAUAAUAAAUAUCCUAACUACGCAUCUUUAACAUUUGUAAAAAUAGAAAUAACUACAUUACAAAAAGAAAGUAAAAAAACCCAGUAGGCUUAACAAUGUAAAUUACCAUGCAUGCACUCAUGUGUCUAUAUCUCCCUACAUUUUAGGUUUUAAUUUUCUAAAUAUAGUGUUAUUAAUUAUUUUAACGCUUAUUUAUGAUAUUUCAGGUCUCUUGCCGCCGCACAAGAAAAAACAAACAAACUUAAACAGGAGUUUGGAAGGUAUUCAAUGCCACACUGUUUGCAGUAUGUUACAAAAUUAUACGAAUUUUAUUCCUUCAAACGUUCUAAACGCUUCAUUUCAUUUUCUCUCUGAGAAAAAAACAGAAAAAAGUGACGAAAUUCGGCCAUUUUUCGGGUGAUUGUUACUUUAUUUCUUUAUUUAGUGUUGCAGUAUUUCUUGUUCGCACGCACUUUCAGAAAUCAUAAACUUACUAGAACAUAAUAAAUCUCUAUUUAGUUAAAUCUCUAUUUAGAACAUGAAACACUGUUUAGCUUAAAAUAGCGGCAGCAGAAUAGGGGAGGAGGCUAUAGACCCCAGAAGUAAAAGGGGGCGUGGCUAAGCCCCCCCCCAAACGAUCAGAAUAAGACUACCGUCUCAGUGAUAUGAAGAUUCUUGAUCAAAGGUAAAGGGAACACUUCAACCCCGAGCCAAAAUUUAGUUUUAACAAAAUCUGUUUGGGUAUUUACAUCUCGAUAAUUUCAUUUUAUAAUAAUGAGAUAAUAAUAAUAUUUAAUCAUGGGUUUCAUAUCACCAUGAAACACUGUGGAUGAAUAUAUAAAUAGAACAAAUAUUUACACAAUAGUUAAUAAAAAAGUUUCAGUGAUUGUAAGUUUAAUUUAGUUUAAAACCAAGAGUUUUCUUCUGAAGGCUUUGAGAUUUUGUUCGAACAAAACAUAUGCGUAUUACUUGUGUUUCACUCUCUAUGUUCUUUCACAUUCUUAAUUGUGAAAGAAUUUAAAGUAGUUGGAUUCUCAUUUAAUACUAAAUCCAAAAAUUCUUAAAGUGCGUUUGCGCAUAGCGAUUGGUCGGGCCGAUUUGGCUCAGGCUGGAUUCAGAUUUAUUUAAAUGAUAUUAAAAUACGCUGUCAAUGUCAUCUGACGACAUUGUCAACCACAGAGUGGAUACAUGCAGAGCUGUAACUGGCCGUCGUAAGUACUGCAGAAACUUACGUUUUCAUGUACCCACUUUUUUUUCAAGCGACCGGGUAAAAAAAAUUAUCAACUGCGCGUUCUCGGCAAGUUCCGCGAGCGAUUAAAGCGAACCGCCAUCCAAUGGAUGCAUGUAUGCAUCUAGUAACUUGCCGAGCACGCGCACAAAAAGGUGGGUACACUAGUUGUAGUUCUGUAUAUCUGUCUACUCUGUGUUGUCAACUGAUAUAACUUUUGUCAUUUUAACAUUCGGCAAUACCUGAAAUCGGCCAACCGAUCGUUUGUGUGUAAACGUACUGUUGUGCGGUUUUAAGAAUUGGUUGGUGCUCAAGUAAUUGGCAUAUGUUUUUUCAUAUUAUUAAUAUUAUUAUAUUAUUAAUGUAAAUAUUUAAGAAAUCUUUACAGCCUGUAACGGGGAGUGCCUCGCAUGGGACUUUGAGUCCCGUUCGCACUCUACCGCUUGGACAUGGUCCAAUAAAUUGAUUUAAAUUAAAUUUUAAAAAAAAUUCGGGAUAUUCCUGUCGUCACUAUCCAAUUCAUUCCAUUCUCUUGCGGCAUGAUAAGCAAAACGUUAAUUCCCCCAUUCUGUCUUCACUUUAGGUAAAUGAAAAUUAUUUCAUCUACGAGUUGAAAAAUAUGUAUCGUUCUUGCAUGGGCCGUCCAUAGCAGCCUGUUAAAAAUGACCGUCUUAUUUUUAAUUAAAACUGGCCAGGACUGCCACCUGACUAAAUGCGUGCGGCAAAGACGAAAUUAAAAUCGAAAAGCGAACUUUUUGUACAUUGUAGCCCAACUGAAGGAGGCGCACGCACUAACUACUAUGCCACCACAGUUGUGCCAUCAACACCCUUCUAAUGCCUUCUUUGUAUAGGCGUCUCAUUGAAGCCCAAAAGAAUCUGUCUCAAAAGGAUAUGGAAUUACAAAAGUAAGUUUCAUGCAAUGUAUUUCCGGAAUGUUUUCUUUUAAUUUUGGUCAAACUAUGUUUCCGAUUUUAUAUAAAUUUCGCGUUCUGUAUCCAGUACUAAAAGUUAUAAUUAUAUAGUUUAUUAUUAGCAUGACAAAAUUACUGGAUGCUACUGAUUGAGAGGAGUACAAUUAUUUCAUUAAUUGUACUGCCGUAUGCAAUUAAUGAUUUUCCCAAAACAAACAAAAUAGCGGAAAGGUAUUUGAACACAAAUGAAAUUGCCCUAUAGAAGAACUUAAAGCGUGCAAAAGAACAAAAUAAAAAUACGAACAAAAGCACAAAAUUUUGGUUGGAAGUCUGGCAGGAUUGCGCUUUGGCGAGAGAAUGUGAUGUUGACAUUGAGAAUUAUGCAAUUUUGUCAUGCUAAUAAUAAACAAGUAAUUGUGCGAUGUUGUUCGUGCAAUUAGGGAUUAACAGUACUCGGGUGAGUCCAAUUUGGCAAAAUUUCCAAACAUCACUCGUAUACUAUUAAUCCCUAAUUGUACUCGCCAUCGCAUGAUUACCUAUACAUAUCCAGUGGAGAACUAUAGCCAUAGCACCAAAUCAUGGCUCCACAGAAUUAAUCAACAACAUGGCGACUAUGCAUGAGUGUGUUGCUACAAACACAAAUAAUAUCAGUCAGAAUCACCAUAGUUAAUAGAAUAGAUGGUUUGGAAACUCAUUGGAAUAACAAUAUAACUCAUUAUCUAUGUUAGUCAACGUUUAUUCAUAAAUCUGGUCCUUCGCCGUCACGUGCGUAUUGUAUUUUUGCCCAACAAACCAAUAGCAAUGUUUUACUAAAGUUACCUAUCCGUGACUCGAACAAUAGGAUAAAUUGGAAAUUGCUAUUGGUGGAUUUGACAAAAAUACAAUACACGCAAAUUUUUUUCCGUAGACAGUCGGACUCCUCAUUCAUAGUCGGACGCAUCAUUGAUCCGCGCCCUUAAACAAAAUAUUCAGCGGAUACUCUUCGUAUUAGAUGCGCCUUCCCAGUGUGUCUCGCGCACGCAAUUGGUGAUUUCAAAAUCCGGAUUGUAUUGCUUGGUUGAGAUGCCAAAAUCUGAGGACACAUUGUAGCUUCAUAUCUUGUGUGGUGAUGACAUCUAUAACAUAUUUUGUUAAGUUGUAUUCGACAUUCCCACUUGCUUUUCGGAGCGAUUGCAGAACACAGUCCACUUUUUAAGCUAUGCUUUUCAAACAUCAUGGAUACGAUUUAUUAAUACAUAUAUAUUUAUUCUCAAUAGAUUAAUAAUAAAUAGAUUGAUAGAUUAAAAUCCCAUGGUGGUAAAGGUAGCUACGAGGCAUACAGUGGCUUAAGAAUUAAUAGACUAAAUUGUCAUAGUGUUAAGGUAGCUCUCUAUUCUGGUGGAUACCCGGAUAUGCAGUCAAAUAGUUAUUUUGAGGACGAGGCAUACAGUUUGAUUAGCAUUAUAGAUCAAAUUCGUGGAUUAGUUAGCAUUAAUAGAUUAAAUUAUCAUGCUAUAGAGAGCUUAAAUGUGGUGUAAUAUGUAAAUAUGUUCCUCACAACCGGACAUUGGUGUUUGACAGAUUAUGAUUAAUUAGCGUCGCUGGGAGAAAAAAAUUAUAUUAUAAAGCAUACUAAGCAUAAUAUUAAAUAUGAGAAAUCUUGCAUGAUAUUUCGUGGAUAGUAUCAAUUCGUAAUAUUGUCUUAGUAAUUACAUUAGUUUGUGUAUAUUAGAACGAGGCAAUAAGAUCUGGUAUAUACGUAUCCAGUGAUAUUACUAGUGGACGGAUAUUCGGCAAUACUUCUAUUUGUGGAAAGUGGUCUUUAUGGUCGCUUGAAUCUGAAUUAAAUUCGACGUAUGAAACAGGCCUAAUUCUCUCAAUUGGGAUGCUGUAUAGUUUUAAUUCGCAAUAGCAGUUCUUGAGUAUUUUCGGUACCAGAAAAACAAGUAGUUCGUAGAUUCAUUAUGGCAUUGCGAAGCAAAUUGUUCAUCUUUCUACAUGUGGUCGAAGACGAACAACGUGGAGCAAUGGAUAUAUUGUGCAUCAGUGAGUUACGCAGGGUAUGAAGAGAUCCAUCGAUAACGCGCAGAGGCCUGGACACGGAUCAAUGAUGUGUCCGACUAUCAAUGAGGAGUCCGACUGUCUACGGAAAAAAAAUUUGCGACGGUGAAGGACCAGAUUUAUGAAUAAACGUUGACUAACAUAGAUCAUGAGUUAUAUUGUUAUUCUAAUGAAUUUCCAAACCAUCUAUUCUAUUAACUAUGGAAUCACUUUUGUAUAAUCCUUUCGAAGUUUAAAGACUAUCUAACACGUAAUGUCAACGGCAGAAUCAAGUGGUUGGAUGAUUUUGAGAAUUUGAAGCAUUUUAUGGCAGAAUUAUAUGAUGCUGGAGGUGUCUGGAAUUCGCCCGGGGAAGUGCUAAAGUAUUUCUUUAUGAUCAAAUCAAGCUCACAUGGUAUGCGGACAACAACUCUAUGAUAUUUAAAGGUGUCGAUGGCCAAAUUUUGGAACGAUUGGUGAUUUCUACGCUAGAAACUGGCGUUUUAUUAACAAACGUGCUUAGUAAUGUCGAUCGUGAGUUAAAUACAUCAAAUAUCGAAAAUUGUGAUAAAAACAAGGUCGAAAGCUAAAUUUUCGGAAGAGUCGUUCAAACCACCGUCCCCGCGACUGGCAGAGGUACCUCGAGUUUGUUCGGAAAACGUUACAUCCUCGUGUGACUCGACCACGAUCAUGGCUGGAGCAUCUAGAUCCUGUUCGCCUGCGAACAACAAAGUAAUUCCUAUUGUUAUGUCACAAUGUCGGACCAUAAGUCAUCGCAUAGUCGGGAAUUUUUUAAGUACCUUUGACACACAUAGAACAUCUAAUAGACCGAGUGGACAUUGUUCAACUAACUGUAUCUUAAUUCACACAGAACAAUAGUAAAGUGUCUCCUGAAUGCCCGAUCUAUCAAGAACAAAUCUGCGGAUUUUGUUUGUUAUGGACUCUCCACUGGUGCUGAUGUUUUUGCUAUCACUGAGACUUGGUUCACAGAUAAAGAUUGGCACAUAAGGCUGAGAUCACUUUUCCCGGUUACUACUCGAUCAUCCCCGUACUGAGAGAAGCGGAGGUGGAACAGCUUUGUUAUUUAGGGCAAUAUUACUGUACACAAAGUUGACGGCGGCGAACGCAGGUCAUUUGAGUUUUCCGAAUGGAUACUACAAUAUCGCUCCUGUAAACUGAGAACUAUCGUUUACCGUACUCCCUAUUCUGCUGCACAUCCUGUUGUCACAAGUGUAUUUUUCGAUGAAUUCUCCACAUAUUUGGAUCUGUAAUCAUGUCCUCCGAACCUUUGUUAAUCGUUGGAGAUUUUAAUAUCCAUGUCGAUAUCCCACGUGAUCCUAACGCUAUUCGAUUUCUCGAUCUGUUGUCCUCUAUGGGCCUUGAUCAACGUGUUGACAAGCCUACUCACACAUGACACAUCUGGACACACCCUUGAUCUGAUAAUCACGCGGAAUUCUGAUACUUUACUUCCCACUCGUCCUUUAACAGAUUAUUUAUUCUCGGAUCAUAUCACAGUCAUAUUAGGAAGAAUACCACCAACUGAGAAACAAGUAUCAUAUAGAAAAAUUAACGCAAUCGAUAAAACAAGACUUCGAGAAGAAUUAUUGUUAUCAGAUCUUUGUUUAAACCGUCCUGAUACGCUAAAUGAACUUGUGAAAUGCUAUAAUGAUACUCUAGCUCAGACACUAAACCGGCACUGUAAUGUUCGUGGUUUUGUAUCAAUAUCAAGCACCUUUAAGUAUAACAAUAGAUAUCAAACAACUUGUACAAACAGCAUAGUACGUAUCCAAUUACUUCCCGGUUCCCUAGCCUCGUGCUUCUAAAAUACUUAACUAACUUUCUAGUCACGUGUGUGCUAGUGUCAAUAAUGUCAACAUUGCAUCCCUCCCUUGAUUUAAAUAAUAUUAUGAACUCUAGUACUAACUAUAACAAAAUAUGCAUAUAAUGUUUAAACUGUAUCUUAUCUGUUUUAGUCCAGGUCAAUCAUAAAUGUUAUUUCCAUAUCUGUACACCCGCUGUCUUUCUCUUGCCGGAUAUCUCGGACCAUCAUUUUGUCUCUGACCAUUGUUCUGCCGCGGACGAUCAUUCUGUCUCAGUCCAUCAUACUGUUCAUGCUCUUCGUGGACAUCUUCAUCUGAGGAAUAAUUUUCUUCAUCCAUUAUCUCUGUUGACUCCAACGAUCUGCCAUGUCUGGGGUGAUACUUUUAAAAGAACGAAAUGUUCCGAGUUAUAUAUUUCCCAUUCCUAAUUGCUGUGAUCCUGUUCCCACGGCGAUUUGUGACUUCAUAUGGUAUUGGAUCGUAUUUUGUGGACAUUUUAUUUGCUUUCGGUUGCCGCACCAAAACUAAAUCACUUUUCUUGAUGUCAGCACACUUAACUCUUCUUUUGGAAUCAGCAUAUUCUUUUUGGUUCUUUUUCAACCUUUCAUCUCUCUCCUUCACCUCUUGAUGAAGUAGGUGACUUGCCAGUGGUGGAAUGUGGGGUAGCUCUGUAGUUGAGCAAAAAUUUAAACAUUUCACGUUUCCAGUCUUUGUUUUCAUGAUGGGCAGAUUUCACAGCCUUUACAAGUGGUUUCAUAAAGUUCUCGGCUUGUCCAUUUCCUUGGGGCCAUAAUGGUGAGCUUGGUUUAUGUUUAAUGCCGAGUUCUUUCAAGUACAGACUAAAUUCAUGGCUCUGGAAUGGGGGACCGUUAUCACUCUUUAACACCUUUGGAAUACCAUGUGUGGCAAAAAUUCGUUCAAGUUUUAAUAUUUUUGAUUUUGCAGAUGUUGAACUUACAAUUUCCACCUCUGGAAAUCGUGAAUAUGCAUCAAUAAUCACUAACAGAUAUGAACCACCUAGAAAUGGUCCACAAAAAUCACUGUUCACUGUAUGCCAGGGUUGGGGAGGCAGCGUCGUCAUUCGCAGUGGUUGUUGGUGACUGUUUGGUCCAUUUGCCUGACAUAACAAACAAGUAUCCACUGUGUGCUUAGCAAGCUUGUCUAUACCUGGAUACCAAACCUUUUCUCGCAACAACUGUUUAGUUUUUACUAGCCCUUGGUGGCCUUCAUGAGCAAUUUGAACAGCCUUUAGUCUAAGACUUUCUGGAAGCACAAUUCGCGAGCCUCGUAAUAUAAUUCCAUCAUGCUCGUUUAGUGUAAGUUCUGUUUUAAUUUUCUCACAUGCUUUCAAGUCCAAAACCUUUACAUUGGGAUUGGAUUGUACGUCUAGAGAGUCUAUUAAAUGUCAUUUACCUGUUGUGAUGAGGUUGCUUAGGAUCUGUAAUGUUGCCUUGGUGGCUUGUUGUAUUUCAGGCAGAGUCAUUGCUCUUGGCACAGCAUGUUGGGUAAGGAAACAAACAUAAUUGUCAGCCAUUGUUUGGAACUGUCUGUCAUCAGUGGUGUUGUUAACAGGUAAAUGUCGAGAUAGGAAAUCUGAUGGAUUGUCAAGUCCCUUUGUAUACCUUACAUUAAAGUCAUAAUCUUGCAAGCGUAAAUUCCAUCUCUCAAUUCUGGCUGGAGGUCUUGAUUGUGGAUUAUUUAAAAUCAACUCGACUGGUUUGCAAUCAGUUAUCAGAGUAAAAUGUCCUCCGUAUAGAUAGAUAUGUAAACGUUCAAUUGCCUACACAAUUGCAAGAGCUUCUCGCUCUGUUUGACAGUAUCGUCUCUCAACAUCCGACAACGAACGACUGAUAUAUGCAACAACAUUUCGUUGGUCUCAUCCUGGUACUUUCUGUGUCAGAAUAGCUGAGAGACCAAAAGGUGAUGCAUCAGUGAUAAGUUCUGUUUCCUUGGUUUGAUCAAAAUAUGCCAUAACUGUUGCACUUGUGAGGGCAGCUUUUACUGCGUUGAAGGAUUUAGCAUGCCUAGAUGUCCAGCAAAAGGGCACAUUUUUUCUCGUUAAUUCUCGCAAAGGCUCUGUGAGAUCACUGAAAUUAGGGAUAAAUUUCGCACAAUAUGUCACCAUCCCAAGGAAACUCCGAACAGCUUUAAUUGAAUUUGGAGGUGGGCAGUUGUGAAUUGCUGAAACCUUUGCUGGAUCCGGUGAAAUGCCAUCACCUGAGAAGACAAAACCAAAAAAUGUGAGCUGCGAUUGACUGAACUCACAUUUGUCUUUGUUGAAGGUUAAUCCAAUGAGUGAAAACCGCUCAAAAAUUUCAUGAAGAGCUUUGUCAUGCUCAGCUUGGGUUAUGCCAAAGAUAAUUAUGUCAUCACUAAUGUUGAUGGCAUUCGGAAUGUCACGGAUUUGUUCGCUAAUUACAUGUUGGAAGAUUUCACUUGCCGAAUUGGUGCCAAAAUUCAACUUCUUCUAGCGGUAGAGUCCUUUGUGCGUUACAAAUGUGGUUAUGUGUCGACUUUCCUCAGCGAGAGAUAACUGGUGGUAUCCCGAGCGAAGAUCAAGCUUUGUAAAUAUGGUGGCACCGUUUAAUUUGUGAAUUAAAUCAUCCACAGUUGGGGUCGGAUGUCUUUCGCGUUGAAUUGCCUGAUUAGCCAUGCACAUAUCAAUGCAUAGCCUGAUCUCACCAUCUUUCUUUGGGAUAACAACUAAUGGACUGACCCAAGGAGUGGCAUCUGAUACUUUUUCAAUAAUUCCAUCACUUUCUAACGUGUCGAGCGCAUCUGAGACCUUUUGCCGCAUGUGGAAAGGAAUACGACGGGGUUUGUGCUACUGGAGGGACAGUAUCAUCAAUGUGCAAUUUAACUUCAAAUUUUUUAAGAGUGCCAAUUCCGUUGAACAGAUGGGCAUACUCUUUCAUCAGUUGUUCAUGGGUGGCAUGUUCCGGUUUCACAUUGUUAACAUUCAGCAUGAUUAGACCCAAAGCAGAUGCCGUUUGAUAGCUUAGCAAACAACCAAAAUUUCCUUUGAUAACAUGAACUUGCGUGGUUGUUGCACCAGUCAAACAUUCUAGAGUUGCACGAAAUUGUCCCAUAACAGGUAGCUGGUUUGUAGCUCCAUAUGCAAAAAUACGUGUUUUGGAACGUUGAAGGGCUAUGGGUCUCUGUUUUUGCAAGGUGUUGAAAGCAAGUUCAUCGAUGAUGUCGAUGGAAGCACCAGUGUCGAUAACCAUGUUGAUAGGGGUGGUGUUGACUGAGAUUUGAACCUGUGGAGUUGUUUUGUCUCUACCUGUCGGUUUCAGAGUAAAAAUAAAUUCAUCCUCGCUACUGCUUUCACUGCUGGAGGGUUUGCCAUAAAUCUUGUGAACUUUGUUUUUGUGGUAUUUUUUUGAAGGCCUUCGAUUCUCUUGUUGACCGACGCGAGCCUUGCGAGCACUACGACAGACUUUCGCAAAAUGGUUUGAUUUUCCACAGUUCAGACAAGAUUUUCCUUUCACGGGACAAAUGUUGUUGUUAUGGGGCCAGGGCCCCCCACAAUUCCGACACUCUGAUGAGGUGUAAAAGUCUUGGCGGUGAAACGAUGUAUGUUGUUUAUCACGAUGGUUGUUAUGUUUCGUUGUAGGAUGGACAGCUUCAACUACUUCGUCAGAAAUGUGUGUUGAGUCAAGUGCGUUUUCAAUGCCGGUUGCCUGCGAUUCACUGAGUUCAAAAGCUCUGCCUUUUGCGAGAAUCUUGGCUAGCGUAACUUCCGAGUCAAGCAGGGCGUAGCGUCGUAGACGUUUCGAUAAACAGUUUUGAAUUAUGGCCGAUUUUACUUCCUUGUCGAUAUUUUCGAAGUCACAGGUUGCCGCCAGCUUCCUAAGACGAGUUGAAAACUGAUCGAUUGUUUCAUGUGGUUGUUGUUUGGCUUCACGAAACUUAAAAAUUUCAAAAUCGACAUGUUUUUUAGGUGAAAAAUACGUAUCGAGGGCAGCGAUAGCGGAAUCAUAGUCGUCGUCUUCGCCGAUAUCAACAAGGGUAUCAAAAAUAUCCUGAGUCUCUUGGCCAGCUUGGUACAACAAGAGAGCCCGCUUUUGUUUCUUUUCAGUCACAUUCAGAGCAACAAGAUAUGUUUCAAAUCGUCGUUUCCACUUUUUCCAGCGCUGACUGAGAGAGUUUGGAUCGGACAUAGGAUCAAAUGGCGCCAUUGGAGCUACAUUGAUUCGGCCAGUCGCCAUGACUGUAUUCGUAAACUAGAGAUUUCAAAAUCGUUUGUAUUGAUAAACGAUAGCUGGUUUUUUUUUGUUUGUUUGUUUACCUCGUCGCCAAUGUAAUGUUCGUGGUUUUGUAUCAAUAUCAAGCACUUUUAAGUAUAACAAUAGAUAUCAAACAACUUGUACAAACAGCAUAGUACGUAUCCAAUUACUUCCCGGUUCCCUAGCCUCGUGCUUCUAAAAUACUUAACUAACUUUCUAGUCACGUGUGUGCUAGUGUCAAUAAUGUCAACAUUGCAGGCACGCACCCCUAUGUACGAAGGUCAUCAAAUCUAGACCAUUAGUUCCCUGGUUCAAUGAUGAUAUUAAAAUUGCAAGGCGAGAGAAGAGAAAAGCCGAGAAAAUGGCGCCGUACUGGCCACACUGAAGACAUGAAGAACUACAAAAUUAUGAAGAAUAAUACGAACAAGCUAAUGAACGAAGCUCGUCGCAAAUUUUACAAGAACUUCAUUGAGGCAAAUAACUCUAAUCAACAUAAUUAAGUUAUUCGCGGCCGCGAAGAAAUUACUUAAUCAUGGUGGCAAAAGAAUUGCAUUCCCUCCUUCUGUGGUUUAAACUUGAAUUCGCUAACCAAAUGGGUACUUAUUUCGUUGAAAAAAUCCGUAAUAUUCACACUAAUCUUGAAAAUAUGGGGCACGAUCUACCCGAGUUUGAAGUUUAUAACACAUCUGAAACAACUGCUCAUCUGAGCAACUUUAACACACUCACCGAAGAAGAUGUUCGAACGCUUAUUAAAGAGUGCGGAAAAAGAACUCUGCUGUCGACCCCAUGCCAACCUCACUGGUGAUCGACCUAAUCGAUGUGUUAUUACCGACUAUCACCAAGAUAAUUAAUUUGUCAUUGGACUCUGGGACGUUUGCUGACGUCUGGAAAUACGCUCUUGUGCACCCGCUCUUGAAAACUGUCGGAGUAGAUCCACUUUUCGUGAAUUGUAGACCUAUAAGCAACCUACAGUACAUCUCCAAAUUAACUGAGAAAGUUGUAUUUAGUCAGACCCAUUCGCACAUGAUGGCCCACUCAUUAUAUCCUGAGCGACAAUCAUCUUAUCGUCGAUAUCACAGCACUGAACGAUAUCCUGCUCAAAAUGAACUCGCAAGAAGUUACUUUACUGGUUACACUUGAUCUAAGUUCCGCGUUUGACACUGUCAAUCACGAAAUAUUGCUUCGCCGUCUCCGAAAUGAGUUUGGCAUUCACGGAAAAGUCUUGGAUUGGUUCAAAUCAUACCUGCACAACAGAGGUCAGCAAAUCUCUAUCGAAGGCAUACUAUCCCAACGUUUCGAUUUGGACUCAGGAGUUCCACAAGGGUCGUGAUUGGGUCUCCUUCUUUUUAUUAUAUCGACACACAGCUCUACCUCAGUCUUAAGCCAAGUUUAAGUACGUCACAGGAAGAUGCUUUAUGUGCGAUGGAGUCUUGUAUCGAAAAGAUAAGACGCUGGAUGAUUCAGGAUAAACUCCUGAUGAACGAUGGCAAAACUGAAUUCUUGGUCAUUGGCACUCGUCAGCAAUUAUGUAAACUUCCGCCUAUCAGCAUUUCAGUGAAUAAUUCUGUGAUUUCUCCUAACCCGCAUAUUAAGAACCUUGGCAGCUGGUUGAACUCGAACUUAAACAUGACGACUCAUAUCACAAAAGUAUGUAAAGCCUGCUUUUUCCACCUGCAUAAUAUCAGACCAAUUAAGAAAUAUCUUUCAAGAGACAACUUGCGGAUCCUAGUACAUGCUUUCAUCACCAGCAGGCUCGACUACUCUAAUAACUUUUUUUACGGUCUCCCUGGAAAGCAAAUAUCUAAACUACAGCGUGUUCAGAAUGCCGCUGCAACAUUAGAAAUGGACGUCCCGAAAUAUUCUCAUAUUACAGCCGUGCUGUAUGAACUACACUGACUUCCGGUACAUGCAAGAAUUCAAUUAAAGGUGUUACUAUUUGCUUUUAAAGCUAUACACGAUCUAGCACCAUCUUAUAUUAAGGAUCUCAUAAAUGUUAAAUCGAAGUCGUCCUUCAACUUAAGAUCUAACAUUGGCACUCUACUGGAACCUCCAGCAGGCAGGAUGCUCACUACCUUGGGUGCUCGAUCCUUUCACGUGGCUGCACCUCAUCUUUGGAAUAGUCUUCCACUUGGUAUUAGUCUAGGACCUGUAUAUGAGUUUGUAUGCAUUUCAUUUAGGACAGAUAAUCUCAACUGUUUUAGGGCAAGUUGACCAUGACGGUCAACAUGGUAACGCUGCCCGAACCCCAAUCCGGGACAAAACGUCCGAAACUGACCACACCCAAAAACGACGCUUUCGCCAUAGUGCUAUCUACCAAACCAUAAAAGCUUUGGCUAUUCUGACGUGCUUAUAUGGUUCAGAGAUGGUGGUUUUAGGGGUGGUCCUUGGUAAGUGUGAAAUGCCUAGCACUGAUAUUUCACAAGAAAAUGACCAUGCAAUACUCAUAGCAAACGUCAAUUUGUGGCUUACAACUUCAAAUAAACAGCAGUGGAUCUACAUUACCUUUUUUCCUAAAUCUUUUUUAUACAAACAUAAUUGGUACUUAUUUAAUUAUAUUAUCACUGUUUUGGUGUAAAAUAGUUAAUAUUUUGUGACCGAAAUAAUAAUUUGAAAUGUACAUACCUCCUGCAAAUGGACGUAUUUGGCCAAAUUCUCCACUUUACACCGCUGUUUAUGGCCGAUCUCGUUGAAAUCCUUCCAAGUAUGCAAUUCAGCUCAAACAUAAUGAUAUCAAGCACAUUUUAAACAAGUUCAAACUGGGUUUCAAGUAGAUCCUAGCUGUUUAACCAUCGACAAGGUAAAACCUCAACUUUGUCCAAAUUCGGCGCCAUUUUGUCAUCCCGUGUCGGUUGUAAACAAUUCGGCCUUGUUAUUCUUCCAUCCAAGCCAUUUCCAUCAACGAACAACAAAUUUAACCCUUUGUUAAGGGUAUUAAAAUAAAAAUACAAAUGAAAUAUGCGAAAUGCAGCAUUUUAUCACCCGUUUAUGGCAUACAUAGAAAUAUGAGUUGUCACAACAGUUACUGUAUAAACAGACUAUACAACAAUGUCAGUAUUAAUAUUUCUGCGAUUUUAAUACUUCUGGGACUAGUCCUAGCCAACUGCUCAACGUUGUUCACAGGUUUACAAGAGAAUCUUACUUUUACAGUUACAAUAAAGAUCUAGACAAAUUACGUGCAGAAUAUGAAGGUCAAGAUAGGUGAGUUCUAGCAGAUACAGUAAAUGUAUUAUACGCUCGGUAUAUACUGUAUUUCCAUUUAAAAUAUGAAACCGCGAUCGCUACUUAACAUAAAAAUUCAUUUUUACCAUGUUGUAAUUCCAAGUUAUUCCAAAGCGUUUUGAUUGAACAUUGAAGUGGUACUGAGCUCGUUUAGUUACAAAAGAAGAUUUUGUUGCCAUAUAUAUUAAGUGGCACCAAACAAGGUUUAACUAAGUACACGUCCAUUGUGUAUACCUGUCGUUCGUUUGUGCACACGUCGAUUACAGAGAGGAGGAGAUCAUUUGUUUCAUGUCUUCAUUUGUCUCUGUAUUGUUUUCUUUCAACAGUUGGAAGAGAAAGUUUGAAGACUUGGAAGAAAAAAUUGCGCCAUUCCAGGUUUCUAUCCUCGAAAUGUUGAACUUUGUGAGACUGCAGCCAGUGGCGGACACUAGGGAGGGGAGGGGGGAACAAGGGGCCAACCACCACCAAUAAUAUUCAAAAACCUUUGAUUGUUAGCUAAGUAACUGUGUAACAAAGCUGUGAUAAUUAUUUUUCGUCUAUAUGCAUGAUAACAUGGUAGGUCAUAGAUUAAGCCAUAUAUCGCAUAAAAUUUAAGUCAAAGAAGUUUAAAGAACGAAGAGUACCUGCAACCAAAACCAAGUGUCCGCCACUGGCUACAGUUUGAUUGGGCUUAAACUCUCAAACGUAUACACAAUUCAAGUGUACGGAACACAAUUCAUACUGUAAUGGUACUAUUCUUUCUCAAACUGUUCAGUAGUGAAAGCAAUUUAAUAAUCAUAAUAAACUAGUCUAACAAAUCUCCAGAAUAAGUAUAAUCCUUUAGUUAUAAGUAAUCUCUAUAUUAUGUUUUCUAAGCACAAGGCUCUUAUAUGUCAUUCUACAUCACACCACAUGAUGACGUCACUACUAUAGUAAUCAAAACGUUUGCAUGUGAACGUGUGAUCGCAGUCUAGUUGUGAAGAGCAAACCAGUUUUAAAAAAGCCAGCACGUAGAUCAUAUUAUUAGCCUACAUGCUGUACCGUAUGAAUGUGCUACACAAACUUGUUGGCGGCUUUAGGUUCAGAUCAAAUCCAUCUCGAAGAAAAAAGUUGUGUUCGCUUUACUGCUCCCAAUUCACGUAAUACCAUCUUAUGCUUGACGAUUCUAAUGCCCUAUACUUUAUUAUUUUUACUUUCAGGCCAAUGCCCUGCUUUAUUAUUUUAUUUUAACGACAGAUAUUAUUUUACUCUGUCUAACCCCAGACGAUUUUAGUCGUCAAGGGAAGAGUGCUGCCACUCAAUGUAUUAAACAAUAAUAAUGUCUUAUAUCGGUUUUAUUUUAGGAACAGCUUGAUGCUUAUGAACUUGAAAAACGGGCAUUGUUAAACAGAAAUACUGAAUCACAGAGUGAGGUGAGUCAUAUAUCCAGCAUCUUUGGAAGUUUCCAAAAGUGAAAGGUUUCGCAAAUGUGCGGUAUACGCAUCAUAUGUAUUUGCUGCUAUGCGGUGCUUCCUACAAUUGUGAUUACAUUAUUAUAGUUAUUAUGCUAUAGUUACACAAUUUAUCUGAGUAGUCGAAUGCUUGGCAGUAUAAAGUUAUAGUAUCACUGUGUGAAAAACGGGAAUCAAGUUUUGUGUUAAUUUAAUUUUCAAGUUUAAUUGAGCUUGCUUAAUACAUUUAAAAGGUCGUCUUAACCUUUCCUCUAACAUAACUGACUUGUGCCAAUUGCCUUUGUAUGAACAAUGCGUGGGGUACAUGAUCGAACGUCGUAUUCUUUAUUCAAAACAAUGUACCAUUGUCGUUUGGCAAACUAAAUUUUAUUUGACCUGUUGCCUAUCAAUAACCCCCUAAAAUCGGGCUACGUUAGCUCAGAUCUAACCAAACAUAGUCUAUAAUAUUAUGUACUACCAAAAAUCAAAUGUAAAUGGCACAAAUAUAAUUACUAUAUAUCUAUUAAUCGAUCUGCUUAAACAUUAAGUAUAAUUUACUGAACAUAUAGAUUGACAAGUUGGGGCAGCAGUAUGCGAGAUUGUUGGGUCAUCAAAAUCAAAAACAGAAAAUUCGCCACGUGCAAAAACUAAUGGACGAAAACGCAAGUUUAAAACAGGUAACACCAUUUUAUAAGAUUGCAAAUUCUCGCUCAAUAUUUUGAUCCUCGCAAAAUCCCUAAUUAGUCGAGGACCUGUAUAUGAGUUUGUAUGCAUUUCAUUUAGGACAGAUAACCUCAACUGUUUUAGGGCAAGUUGCUCAUGAUGGUCAACAUGGUAACGCUGUCCGAACCCCAAUCCGGGGCGAAACGUCCGAAACUGACCACACCCAAAAACGACGCUUUCGCCAUGGUGCUAUCUACCAGAGCAUAAAAGCUUUGGCUAUUCUGAGGUGCUUAUAUGGUUCAGACAUGGUGCUUUUAGGGGUGGUCAUUGGUAAGUGUAAAAUGCCUAGCACCGAUAUUUCACAAGAAAAUGACCAUGCAAUACUCAUAGUCAAACGUCAAUUUGUGACUUACAAAUUCAGAUAAACAGCAGUGGACCUACAUUACCUUUUUUCCUAAAUCUUUUUUAUAGAAACAUAAUUGGUACUUAUUUAUGUAUAUUAUCACUGCUUUGGUGUAAAAUGGUUAAGGUUACAGGACACCCUUUUUGGCGUUUCGUGGAAAAUCGCUACUAUAACUACUACUACUACUAUCGCUAAGUCGAAAGCGUCGUUUUUCGGUGUGGUCAGUUUCGGACGUUUCGCACCGGAUUGGGGUUCGGGCAGCGUUGCCAUGUCGACCGUCUUGGUCAAGUUGAGAUUAUCUGUCCUAAAUGAAAUGCAUACAAACUCAUAUACAGGUCCUAGACUAAAUGCAAAAAUCGCGAUAACAAAACUUUAUGCCAUUCAUGUGCGUGGGAAUAUUAACAGAAGAACUUCCAAACUGACUUGAUGUGGUGAGUUGCUCCAGUGACCUAUGAUCAAAUUUAGUAUACAUGCUGUAUUGUACUGCAAAAGUCUUUCGUUACACAAAAAGUAUUCUGAAAUGCAAAAAAAACAUUAUAUCGAACCUCCUUAAGUUAAAGGUACGUUUAAGCUACGUUUACACGCUGGGAUUUGUCCUGUACGAUUCGUAUUCUGGAGCAUAGAGAUUAUAAAUAACAGUGUUAUUUAUAAUCUCUAUGUUCUGGAGUAUGAAAUUUACUGCUGACGCCACAAUUUCUCUUCAUUCAGAUUAUGGCGAAAUUUGACAUGCAACCACUUUACGCGUCCUUAUUCGAUUACAUACGCUAGAAUACGCAUCGUACACGACGCCCCUCAUGGAAAUCAGCCUCCCAACGGUUGUUGAGACUAGCGUUGUUAAAUAAAUAAAGUUUGUAUUUAUGUAUAUGUAUAAGCUUUACAUACAACGAUUAAUUGGGCCGAUUCAGCUUUAAUUAAACAUGUGAUUAAACGAUAUUUGAAAAAAUACGCUGUCAACGUCACCUGACGACAUCGUCAACUGACAACAUUAAUUCGUCAUUAACAUUCGGCAAAACCUGAAAUCGGCCCGAUUAAUCGUUGUGCGUAAACGUAGAUUAAAAGCCGAGACACACUGGGCGCGAUUCGACAACGCGGUGCGAUUUUUCCGUUUUUGACAGUUAAUAAAACAGUCAAUGAAAAGAAAUUUUAAAAGAUAUGUAGAUCAAAUCACUCAAAAUGUUACAGUGCUUCUAAAUAUUUGGAAAACUUAAACUAGAAUCAAAGUUAUCGAUCAGUGAAAAUCGAAAAUCGCGCCGCGUUGUCGAAUUGCGUCCGGUGUGUCUCGGCCACGCCAUGCGACCAGGUCUUUUUCGUCAUUUUUGAGUGGCAAAGCGCGAAGCAACAAAAAAUGCGGGUUUUUACCAGGCAAUAAUGGCAGAGAAGCUAGGCCUGAUCGCAUGACUGAACGAAUGAAUUCAUGAUUGAUCACCACCGAUCUUUAAAAAAACGGUAGAUCGUACAUGGUUACUGUCAGGAAAAGGGAACAAUCUUUUACCUUUUUCUUUUUUUUAAAAAGAUUACUAAUUACAAACUAUGGGUAAAUAGCAUGAUUUUCGGCAUCUCACUUGAUAUAACUAAUUGUUGAAGGGAUUUGCAGAUGGAAAUUUCGAUGGAAGGUGAAUUUGGGUAGCCUUUUUUUUUAAUUCCAUGGCUAGUAUUUUAGACGCAAAUUAGUCGUUUCUAUACAUAAAUCGGCUAAAUUGCACAAUACCCGUCCACUAGUCAUCUUUCACUGCGUAGCCACAUUUUCAGUGGCUGCGCAGGCACGCGCUAUCAAAUUACAAUAUCAAGGAAAUACGUCUUUACAGUAUAUCUCGUUCUUUUAAAAACUCACUGCGUAACCAGGUAGCCACUAAAAAGUGGUCGGGUAUUCUGCAAUCGCUCCCAUACAUAAAUCAAUUAUUUAAUGCUGUUGUGUAUAGGACUUGAAACAAGCCUCGAAUUCACAGAAUGGGAGUAAAAUUGUAGUAAUGCAUACAUGCGUGAAAUAGAUAGAUUGUGCAAAUUUGAUAAAUUUUUUUGCUAAUGACUUUGCACUUCUUGCUAGUAACAGUGAAACCUACUGGCACAUAUUCCUAGUAGCCAAAAAGUUUAUACCUACAGUCGCGUCCAAAAUAAGUGCGACAAAUUUUAGAAGUUUGAUUCCUCGCCAGAGUUUUGAAUGAAAUCAUUAUUGACCCCCCCCCCCCCAAGUUUAGAUAAAGAAAAUUGAAGAGGGGUUGCAUGAUUUAGCGAUAAUUUUUGUGACCAUUUUUUAUAUUAUUAAAAAUAGGUUACAAGAUACGUGCAGCGUCUCAACCAUUUCGCAAUACUGCUUGCACGAAAAUGUUUUACCCUCCCUUUUUCUUCCCCCUACCAGUAAUUAAUUACUAGUCCGUAAGAACUAAUUUAUACCUCGUUUAGGAAGUGGUUACGUUACGAGAGGAAGUCGGUAAGGAGAGGUUUAGCAGAAAGAGACUGGACGAAAAGCUUUCUAAAGCGACCGGAACUAGACGAUUUGAUCCGUCACGUGCUUUUAAACAUAAUGCAUAUGAAAACAAGGAAAAUACUCCACUGAAACAGCAUCCAUAAAAGUGGUCUUUCAAAAUCCUUUUAGACUAUGUGGUUGUAGAUUUCAAACAAUGGAUAAAUCCAGGCAUCUCCACAGUUGCAUAUAGUUUAGUAAGAGGGAGCUAUAUACAAUGUUAUAUUUACAAUCUUUUCACAAAUUUUGAAGAACUAAUUAUAGCAAUUCUAUUUAUAUUGUAACGAUAAUUCUGCACGCAUAUAUAUAUACUGUACGUUAAUGAUUCAAGCACGUUAAUGCGUUGUAGGUGAAAGAACAGCCCGAGAAUAAGUAAAACACACACCCAAAUCAUUGUGGGGGAAUGGGUUCAGGGUGAAGUGAACCAAUUAUAUACAAUAUACUCUCAAACUCUGGUCAACCCAGACUCGUUAAGCCCUGUUUUCAUCCCACAUAUAAGACCUGCUAGGAGACUGAAUGCCCUAGGGGUGAUAAUCCCCGAUAGUGCCCUGCCAGACUGGUUACCUACGAUUCGACUGAUUAUAUUUACAUAAAUAACCGGAGUCUAUGGGCCUGAAGUUGACCAUUGGGAACACUUCAACCCCGAACCAAAAUUUAUUUGUUUCAACAUAAACCAAUUUAAGUAUUUACAUAGCGAUAAUUUUCAAUGAGAAAGUUAUUCGAUAGUCUUUCUUGACUAAUUGUCAGAAUAAUCCUCGCUCGCAUAACAUUAGUUAGUACCCAUACAAUGGACCAGACCACUAGACCAGUCACUGAUACAAGGAAUAUGAACGGGUGGGUAGGUGGAAAUUUUCUUUCCCGGUAGCAAGACAUUGCUCUUUGUUUGGAUAUUUGUCAAAGUGAAAGCCCUUAUCACAUUGCGUGACCGGACGUUUGGCCAACAGACAUUUGGCCGACAGACACUAGACCGACAGACGUUUGACCGACAGGACCUUUCACCGACAGACAUUUAGCCGACAGGACAUUUGGCCGACAAGACAUUUGGCCGACAGGAC